AUGGUGGUAAUAGAGCCAGGGAGAAAAGGCCGAAGGAGUUUACUUUUCCGAAAACUCACCAGUUUUUCAACUGCACCCAAGCCAACAUUUGUGUUGCAAUUGAGUGAGAAUUUCACUCUAUUUUGUAGCCAGUUUUUCAACUGCACUCAGAGGCAAAUUGAGACUGAAUUUGAAAUCGAUAUAAAUCGAUCGAUUAUAGAAGAAGAAGAAACUAAUUGUUUUGGAGAUGAAUUCGUACCAAUAUUCAACAAUCCAGACAAUGCAGAUGAAGCAAUCGAUAAUGUAGAUGAAGCAAUUGAGAAUGCAGAAGACGCAAUUCACAAUGCAGAAAAUCAAUUACCCUAUUUAUGCUCAAAUGUUACACUCAGAUUGUAUGCUGAAAAUUCAGAUUAUACAAAUCCAAUUGAUGCUUAUGGUUUAGAUCUUAAAGGAACAUUUGUUGGUGUGGUAAGAGAAACUUUUGAGGAAAUUUUGGAAUUGUAUGAAAAACAUGCUACUAUACUGGGGUUUUCAAUAAGAAAACAUACAACUAGAUUCAAACAACACACAAAAAUAGUAACUGAGAAAAACUAUGUGUGUUCUGCUGAGGGAAAGAGACAUUCAGGUCAGAAGAAAACAAAGUUAGUUGAAAUGGUUGAUGAAGAGGAUGUAAAUGUAAAAACAAGAAAGCCAAGACAAGUAUCCAUUACAAGAUCAAAUUGCAAGGCAUGCAUAAGAGCAAAAGUGAAUAAAGAAGGACAGUUUGAGGUGGUGGCUCAUGUUAUUCAGCAUAACCACGAGCUAACAAAGCCACAGUGGCAUUAUUUGCAUCGUUCUAAAAGAAAAAUGACAGAGGAAAAAGUUGUAACAAUCAAAACAAUGAAAUCUUCAGGUCUAACUACAAUGGACACUUACAAUUACAUGGCUACAGAGGCUGGAGGAGAACAGAAUAUAGGCCAUAGUGUUGUAGAUCACCUGAAUUUCUGCUCAAGGUUAAGAAUGGAACAAAUUGAGGCUGGAGAUGCUCAAACUUUAGUGAACAUUUUAAGUCAGGAACAAUCAGAGGAUCCAAACUUCUUUUUUAGAGUGAAGUUUGACAAAGAAGGAAGAAUUUGCAAUAUCUUUUGGAGAGAUUCAAUGAUGCUAGAAGACUAUAGGAUAUAUGGAGAUGUUCUUGUCUUUGAUACAACAUACAGAACCAACAGAUAUAAUCUUAUAUGUGCUCCAUUUGUUGGCAUAAAUAACCACUGGCAUAAUUGUAUGUUUGCUUGUGCUUUUAUUGGGGAUGAAAUGACAGAUUCAUUUGUGUGGUUACUACAAACCUUCUUCAAAGCUAUGGAGGAUAGAAAACCAACUUCAAUAUUCACUGACCAGGACCAAGCAAUGGCAAAUGCUAUACUGGAGGUGAUUCCUAAUACAAGACAUAGACUUUGUAUAUGGCAUUUGGAGCAAAAUGCCAUAACCAGAUUUGGAGCUCUUAAAAAAGACAAAGAAUUCAAAUUUGCAUUCAACCAGUGCUUAAAGAUGUGUGUGACAGAACAAGAAUUCGAAGCAAAGUGGCAAGCAAUGUUGCAAAAAUAUGAGUUGACAGAACACUCUUGGUACAAAAGAGUGUAUGAGUUGAAAGACAAAUGGUGUCCUGCCCUUUGUAGAGAUUUCUUUUCAGCAGGGAUCUUAUCGUCACAAAGGAGUGAAAGCACUAAUCAUGCCAUAGGAUUCAGAGCAAGUAAAGCAACUACUUUGACAGAAUUUUAUACCAUAUUUAAGAAGACAACUAAUCGUUGGAGAAGCACAGAGAAAUAUGAUGAGUUUACUUGUAGCAAGUCAAUAGCAUUCACUUCAUUGCCUCUAUCUGGAAUGCUAAAGCAUGCCGCACAGGUUUUCACUUUAUCACUCUUUAGAAAUUUUGAAGAGGAGUUUGGAUACUCUAUGGCAACAACUGUUCAGAUGUUAGGCAGUAAUGAAGAAUGCCUACUUUAUCAAGUAACACUAGAAGACAAGCCAUGGUUUGCACAUCAACAUCUGGAUGGUUAUGUUAUCAUUGCAUCAGAACAUUUGCAUUCAGUAACAAGAAUACCAGACAAGUAUGUUUCAAAAAGAUGGACUAAGUUUGCAAAAACAGAGGCAUGGGAUAGGUUGAAGAAUCAGGAUCCUAAACAGCAAUAUAUUCCAUGGAGGCAAACAAUGAUGAGGAAAUACUACAAUCUAAUCUUAAAAAGUCAAGAAAAUGAAGAGACAAGAGCAUUUAUGGAAGAAAGCUUCAGAAAUAGUCUUAAAAUGGUGGAAGACUUACUUGCUAGUGCUGCUCAGAAAGAAAGUGCAGAAGCUGCUUCUAACAUUCCUGAUGUGGCAGACAACACUCAAAGCAAUACUGACGCUUCUUCAGCAUCGAGUACAAGCACAUGUGUACCAAUAAUUCUUGAUCCUAAAAGGGCUGUAACAAAAGGAAGAAGCAAGAGAGCAAAAGGAGGACUUGAAAAAAGCAAGAGAAAAAGAAAACCAGCACUGCCACCUCCAAAUUCAGAAUUUGGAUCAAAGACACCUAACUUACGACUCUUUUAA